GCGCCGGAAGCGGAGGUGACGCGUCCGGAUGUAGUUCGGGGGAGCCGGAGGGGCUGCGGCUGGGUUAGCGGGAUGUUCCGCUCCGCUGUGGACAUCCAGCCCGCCUGCCUCGGGCUGUACUGCGGCAGGACCGUCCUGUCGGUCAACGGCUCCGUGGAGACCUACGGGGACUGCGGGGUAUGCCCUAGAGGUCAAAGAACUGAUGACAACAAAAUUUGCAGGGAAUGUAUGGGAUCUCCGGACCGCUAUGACUGGCUGUACCUUGGCUUCAUGGCCAUGCUUCCCCUGGUUUUACACUGGUUCUUUAUUGAAUGGUACUCAGGAAAAAAGAGUUCCAGCGCGUUGUUGCAGCAUGUCACCGCCUUGUUUGAGUGCAGCAUUGCAGCAAUUGUUACCCUGCUUGUCAGCGACCCUGUCGGCUCUCUGCGUAUCCGCUCCUGCAAGGUGAAGAAGCUUUCGGAUUGGUACACGAUGCUUUACAACCCAAGUCCUGACUACAUCACCACAGUGCACUGCACCCAUGAAGCGGUCUACCCCCUGUACACCAUUGUGUUCAUAUAUUACGCCUUCUGUCUUGUGUUAAUGAUGCUACUUCGGCCUCUUCUGGUUAAGAAAAUUGCCUGUGGUUUAGGAAAGUCUGAUCGAUUUAAAAGCAUUUAUGCAGCACUCUACUUCUUCCCUAUCCUCACCGUGCUUCAGGCUGUUGGCGGAGGCCUGCUCUAUUAUGCCUUUCCAUACAUCAUACUGGUGUUGUCUUUGGUUACACUGGCUGUGUACAUGUCUGCUUCUGAAGUGGAGUCUUUCAAGGAUCUUCUUGUCAGGAAGAAAAGGCUUGUCGUCCUCUUCAGUCACUGGUUACUUCAUGCCUAUGGAAUCAUCUCCAUUUCCAAACUGGAUAAGCUUGAGCAGGACCUGCCACUGCUUGCCUUGGUACCUGCACCUGCCCUUUUCUACUUACUGACAGCGAAGUACACUGAGCCAUCACGCAUACUCUCAGAAGGUGGAAAUGGACAUUAAAAGGAGCCUGUGCCAACAAUGCUGUCCUAACGGUCUGGAUUAAGCAAUUUUAGUGCUUGUUAUGCUUUGGAAACUUCUGUUUUAAAAGAAGUUAUUUAUGUACAAGACUUCUAAGGUGAAACACCUCUAAGUGAGACUGUAUAAUAUUAAAAAGCUGCACUUUGUAUUCUUCAUAAGUAUCUGGAAUAGAUCAAAGGGAAUGUCUUUGUAUCUAUUUAUCACUGUGAAUCUGUAUAAAAAGCUUGUGCUACAUUCUAGUA